AUGGGCCUCGUUACCGAAGUAGUCUUUAUAGGGAAUCUUCUCUUUCCGGCGGCGAAAGCAGUUCAACUUUGGACCGCACCAGCUGCUAUUCCUACAGCCGUGCCGGCAGCGUGCCGUGCGGCACUUGUGCAGAACAUCACGUGUAACUAUGGCGAGAAUAAUCUCGUCACAGCUGAGCAGGCGGCCAGUGGAUUAGCACUCAUCAGCAGCGAAGCCAACACGUAUUGCACAACAAAUUGUUAUCAGUCUUUGAAGACAUUCCAGACUAGCGUCGAUGCUAAGUGUGGCAGCACGGAGUAUGCGCUGUAUCUCAACAGCAGUUAUACUCAGUCUGCUGCAGCUCUUGCCGACGGUUUGAGCUGGGCAUAUAAUCUAACCUGUAUUAAAGAUGCAUCGGGCUUUUGUCUUUGGGACUUAUACGCUGGGAAUGAAACGGCGUGUUCUGACUGUGCCCUCAAGUAUGGAGCCGCAAUGCUAAGCUCAGAUUAUGGGAGAGCGAAACUCAGUCCGGACAAGUUUUCUUCUACACUCUCAUCUUGCAGUGCAGAUCCGAAAAGCUAUACUUAUACGUAUUCUUCGACAACAACAUCGACAUCAACUAGAACCACAACGACGGCAACAUCUACUCCGACCUGUACCGGGAAAACGUACACCGUGCAGUCUUCUGAUACGUGCCAAUCUGUUUCCAAGGGGAAUGGAGUAGGCACUGAUCUCAUGAUAAAUCGCAACCAUUUGGACUACAACUGCAGCGCGCUUUCGACGGGCAUGUCCCUGUGCUUACAGGAUACCUGCACGAUUUACACUCUGGGGGGCAAUGAGACCUGCGAUGGAAUACUAAAGGGUAAAUCGUUCACGAUUAUUCAGCUAGUCUCUUGGAACCCCACAAUUCAUACCAAUUGUGACAACCUUGCAUCUAUGGAAGGACGCAGCAUCUGUCUCUCGCCACCAGGAGGUGGGACGUUCGAAUAUAAUUCUUCCAUUAGCCAUGCGCCUCUGCCAACACUUAAUUCGUCCUUCAUCACCAAUUGGAUCCCCGCUACAGGCAUGAUUCCGACCACCAACUUUACCACAUCAUGGUAUUCAUCGGUAUUCAACUCGACUGCCACAGCCUCCAUAACAAGUACAGCCUCUAACAACGAGACACUUGCGUCUGAAGUAGCCCAGCAGACGAAGUACUGUUGGCUUACCGACGACGACUUUGAUUAUCUUGACGAAGAGGAGUAUACCGAGGGCUGCCAAAGCCUGAUGGACGAGUAUUGUUUUCCAACGCCCGGUGCCCCAGUGCCGCCCUCGCCCAGUCGCAUCCCCUCCCAGUGUACCCCGGACCGUAGCACAUAUAUCACGGGGACACCGACCAGCAGUAGCGCGCCCGGCGCCACGCCGACACCAUAUCAACCCGAAGAUUUCUGA